AUUACAACAACGAAACCAUGAAUCUUAGGGUUUGUUGGAAAAUACUAAAAAUGACGAGUUCGUGUUUGAAAGAAAAAAAACGCCAAAACGCAUUCGCUGGUUCGUGUCAUAUGUCUCUAAGAGACACAGCAUCAUUAGUCUUAAAUCGACAGCGAGUGGUUUUUUGGACUUUACUAUUGGUCCUCGUGUUUACCCUUUUUUGUCCUUUACAUUAGUUAAUUUUAUACGCAUGAAGAGAGAGAGAUUUGAAAUGGUUUUUGACUGAUUAAUUAAAGUGUAAUUAAGAGAUUAUCCACUUGAAAUUAUUAUUGUGCCCCUACCCUUCAAACCGACCAAUACAUCUCCACAUUUUUCAAGUAAAUAUUUUCUUUUUUCUUUCUGAAUUUAAUUGCAAAAUUCUCUAAAUGCGCAUAAUAUGUCGCCUUGGAAGAAAUGAACAUUAUAUUUUUGACUUUUCUUCUUCUUCUUCUUCUCUCUUCAUUUAACACCAAAACCUUUUUCUUUCUCCUCUUCAUGCAUGAACCCUAACUAAGUUUAUCUUCUUUCUUCUUCUUCUCUAAUCUCUCACAAGGAGCUAGUUAUUUGAUUACUAUAUGAACUCGAUGAAUAACUGGUUAGGUUUCUCUCUCUCUCCUCAUGAUCAAAAUCACCACCGUACCGAUGUUGAGUCCUCCACCACCACAACCGCCGUAGAUGUUGCCGGAGAGUACUGUUUUGAUCUGGCCGCUGCCUCCGAUGAGUCUUCUGCCGUUCAAACAUCUUUUGCUUCUCCUUUUGGUGUCGUCCUCGAAGCUUUCACCAGAGACAACAAUAGUCACUCCCGAGAUUGGGACAUCAAUAGUGGUGCAUGCAGUAACAUCCACAAUAAUGAACAAAAUGGACCAAAGCUGGAGAAUUUUCUCGGCCGCAAUACCACGAUCUACAAUACCAACAAGAACGUUGGAGAUGGAAGUGGCAGCUGUGAAGGACCUGGAGGUAGAGACGGUGGUGGUGGCUCACUAGGCCUUUCGAUGAUAAAAACAUGGCUGAGUAACCAUCCGGUGGCUAAUGUUAAUUAUCAAGACAAUGGUAACGGUGCACGAGGCUUGUCACUCUCUAUGAAUUCAUCUACUACCUGUGAUAGCAACAACUACAACAACAAUAAUGAUGUUGCCCAAGAGAAUACUAUUGUUGAUGUCGUAGAAGCGACACCAAAGAAAACUAUUGAGAGUUUUGGACAAAGAACGUCUAUAUACCGCGGUGUUACAAGGCAUCGGUGGACAGGAAGAUACGAGGCACAUUUAUGGGAUAAUAGUUGCAAAAGAGAAGGCCAGACUCGCAAAGGAAGACAAGUUUAUUUGGGAGGUUAUGAUAAAGAAGAAAAAGCAGCUAGGGCUUACGAUUUAGCCGCACUAAAGUAUUGGGGAACCACUACUACUACUAACUUCCCCAUGAGUGAAUAUGAGAAAGAGGUAGAAGAGAUGAAGCACAUGACGAGGCAAGAGUAUGUUGCCUCUCUCCGCAGGAAAAGUAGUGGUUUCUCUCGUGGUGCAUCGAUUUAUCGAGGAGUAACAAGGCAUCACCAACAUGGAAGGUGGCAAGCUAGGAUCGGAAGAGUCGCCGGUAACAAAGACCUCUACUUGGGAACUUUCGGCACACAAGAAGAGGCUGCAGAAGCUUAUGACAUUGCAGCCAUUAAAUUCAGAGGAUUAAGUGCAGUGACUAACUUUGAUAUGAGCAGAUACAAUGUUAAAGCAAUCCUCGAGAGCCCGAGUCUACCUAUUGGUAGUUCUGCAAAACGUCUCAAGGACGUUAACAAUCCGGUUCCAAGUAUGAUGAUUAGUAAUAACGUUUCAGAGAGUGGAAAUAAUGCUAGUGGUUGGCAAAACGCUGCGUUUCAGCAUAACCAGGGAGUGGAUUUGAACUUAUUGCAGCAACAGCAGGAGAGGUACGUUGGUUAUUACAAUGGAAGAAACUUGUCUACCGAGAGUAGUAGGGUUUGUUUCAAACAAGAGGAGGAACAACAACACUUCUUGAGCAACUCGCCGAGCCUCAUGACUAAUGUCGAUCAUCAUAUCUCGACUUCUGAUGAUUCGGUUACCGUUUGUGGAAAUGUCGUUAGUUAUGGUGGUUAUCAAGGAUUUGCAAUCCCUGUUGGAACAUCGGUUAAUUGUGAUGUCUUCACUGCUGCUGAGAUUGCUUACAACGCAAGAAAUCGUUAUUAUUAUGCUCAGCAGCAGCAACAACAGCAGAUUCAGCAUUCUCCGGGAGGAGAUUUUCCGGUGGCGAUUUCGAAUAACGUUAGCUCUAACAUGUACUUUCAUGGUGAAGGCGGUGGAGAAGGGGCUUCAACGUUUACAGUUUGGAACGACGCUUAGAAAAAUAAGUAAAAGAUCUUUAGUUGUUUGCUUUGUGUGUUGUGAACAGUUUGAUUCUGUUUUUUUUUUUUUCCUUUUUUGGGUAAGUUUCUUAUAACUGUUUUCAUAGUUUUGAUUAUUUGGAUAAAAUUUUCAGAUUAAGGAUCAUUUAAUUUUCUUAUAUACUAUUAGUCUAGUCUAAUUUAGUACCGUAUCACUAAAAAAUUGUAGUCUGCAAUAUCAUAAGUUUUUUUUUAAUUUUUGGAAUUAUAGUGCAAGAGACUCAAAAUUCUGGUUUCAAUGUUAAAAAUGAUCCGUUCUACCAAAAAAAAAAUGUUAAUAA